AUGGUUGAGCGUCUCAGUAAAUACAAUUUGAUCAAUACGACUGUGUCAACCCUUCAUCGAAAAAAAUCAACUAUUCCGAACGACCCUCACGCCAGACCCAUCAGCCGCCGAAUGCGUCACAGAAGCAUUACUAUGAUAGCCGUUCUCCACUGUUUCUCCCUCAAGGGCGUCCUUAGCCGUUGGGAGAAACGCUGGUUUAGUGCAUUGGCCAUCUUGCUCUCGUCAAUGGUGAGCCUGAGUACGGGUUCGCUUCUAGGCUUAUUGGGCAGCAUGAUUCGCUGGCCUUUGCUAGCACGUAAGCUGUAUACACCAGUUGAUGCCGAUUUGAUUCUAGGCAUACCUAAUCCAACCGGAGCUGUUAAGCUAAUCUGGAUACAUACGGUGCAAAAACAGAGGUGGUGUGUUACCACAGUAAUCGUGAUGAUCUAUUUACUCGCCAACAUCACUGGCCGGCUUAGUGUCGCUGCGUUCGGAUUGACCUUUGAUUUGAACAAGGAGCCACGGAUAGAGUACCCUAUCAAGAUAGCCAACUGGGGCACAGACGACUGUGUGACUUACUCUUACUAUCUGAAACAGUACCGCGAUGAAGAAAUUACAUCUUCCAAUGCUAGUGUGGUUCAUAGCUCGUCCAGGUGUUUCGGUGGAACUGUGUCGCUACGUGAAAACCAGGAGAUGGUUUUAGAUUAUGGUGAUGUUACCUACGAGGCGACAUUUGAGAACAUUCUUAAGAAAAUUUUGAGUGUUUAUACAUGCCAUACGUGUACUAGCCACAAUAACAGCAUUCCGGGUCUUGGGCUACUUGAAUCAUCUUACAGUACCACUUACAAUGUUUCAAGUCUUCUCCAUCGAGUUGGUUAUGAUGAAGAUAUGUGGGGAGGUAUUGAGGAAGACAACAGUAUGUAUGGUUUCAGAGUUUACUCUGGUAUGAGCAGCGGCGGACACUUUGCAAAUGGCCUCAGCGCACGUCUCCCCCUUCUUGCCAUUCUGGGUGCUGAAGCACUGCUGCCAAAGGUGACCCAAGCUCCUGGCACACCUGAGCAGCUAUUCAUAGAUGUCAGAUUGAAAGUCAAGCUCAAAGAAUCAAUUACGGUUCUAGUGUGUAUAUUUGGAGGUCAAAUACUGGCUAUCAGUGUUGUUCUUUUCUAUUGCAGAAACGUUUUCAUACGAGAUUAUACCAGCAGUCUUUCUGUUGCCAGAUUGCUGAAAACGACCAUGGAGGAUGUGGAAGGAAUGAGUACAAGUACGGGCGAGGAACUCGCGGAAUAUCUAGAGAGCAAAGGUGUGAUGAUGAGAUACGGGACACGGCGGAAGGGCGACGAGACGUUCGAGGUAGGUCUGUGGAACGAUGUUGAGGAUGAAUUCCCAGACGCUGUAUACGCAUAG